GGGCAUGUUUGGUGGCAUGUUUGGAGGGGGAGGGUAGAUUUGGAUGGAUUCGUAGGAAGGAGCCUGAGGUUUUUUCAUAUUCAGAGAAUAGAUUCAAAAUCAAGAUAAUCACUGGAUAAGGUAAAGGUUAAUAGGGAAAAUUAAUAUUACGGAAGCUAAAGGAAAAGGACUAGGACAUUCACUACGAACUGCUCAUCUUUCGUCACGGCUACUCCUGAUUCCUUUUCCUCUCACGAUGUUGCACAGCGAUGGAAAGAAGCUGAUCCGCCGUGCGGCAGUCUGCACUGCAUUCUGUGCGAGGUUAAUUGUGGUGCGUUGUAUUGGUGAGAAGUCGUGGUGAAUGAAGAUUUCUCUUAUUCUUCAACAUCCACUUGUACAUGCACAUGCUUCGUGCCAUUUACAGUCAAUAUCCCUGUGAAGAAGAAGAUGUUGUACUUCUGGAAACAGUAAAGUUUCCAAGCAGGAUUUGCUUUCUAUCGAAAACAAACCGGAGAACGCUCUUAGUCGUCUAAGAACGUAACCCGUCCUCGUCUCUUGUUUUUAGAGUCACCACUACAGUACACCCGAAGAAUUACAAUAAAUGCUUGCCUCGUCCUCCGCUCUACGUUCUGCCGCUGGCAAGCGGGUUGCUGUGGUGCUUGCUGGGUGUGGCGUCUAUGAUGGUAGCGAAAUCCAUGAGGCUGUUUUCACGCUGAACCAGCUGUCGAAGAGGAAAGCGAAUUACCAAUGUUUUGCACCAAACAUACCACAAAUGCACGUGAUAGACCAUACAAAGGGAGAACCGAUGGAAGGACAGACUAGGAAUGUGUUUUAAGGCCGAGGAUGCGGAUACAACUAGCGAUAGAACUUGAUAUCGAAGCAUAUUAGAGGUAGAGACCGACGUUGACGUAGACGUAGGAGUAGAGGUACUCAGAGAAAAUUUGGAGACCGCAGUAGUACUAGGUCUGUAGCGGCAAAAAAUGCUCGUCUUCUAUGAUGUCCUUCUACUUCCUCCCCCUCUAACCUCCAGUAGAAUCAGCACGAAUCGCAAGGGGUCAGAUCCAAGAUCUCGAAAAAUUGAACCCCUCAGAUUUUGACGCUGUCAUUUUUCCGGGAGGUUUCGGUGCAGCAAAGAACCUAUGCGACUUGGCUGUGAAGGUACAGGAAUUUGUAUUGUUGGAGAUGAUCUUCAAUCCUCUUCCAGUCAAGGAUUUCCAAUCUUCGAAAAAAGCAACUACCACAUCAAACACGAAUUCCUUGUUUUGACCAAUGUCGUCUUCCUAAAACUAAAACCAACUUACUACGACCACACGGGCUACCACAUCAAACAGGGUCCCGAUGUCACAGUCCAGCCUGGAGUCGAAAAAGUGAUAAAGGAAUUUCAUAGCCUGGGGAAGCCGCAAGGCUUCUGUUGUAUCGCACCAGGGAUCGCAGCGAAAGUUCUCGGACAGUUAAGACUCGACAGUAUUGUUGGUAUCUACAAGAACAAGUAUUUCAUUUUCUAAUGGUCAUGAUAAUGAAUGUCGAGGAGGACGAGGGUUCUAAAAAAGCCUCGCUUUGUUUCUAACCCACGACCACAAAGUCGAAGUUACGUUAGGUGGCGAGACGGAGGGCGACCAAUGGCCGUACGCUGGUACUGUUGGCGCAGUGAAGGCUGUGUGCGCGACACAUGUCGAAAAGGCACUCAGUGAGGCGCAUAUUGACGCGAAAAAUAAGUUAAGCCAGUCGCACUAUAUGAUUUUUUAGCUUCAACACGUAUUGGAUCCUGGGGAGUUCCUUUAUGUUUGGCAUCAGUUACGAAAAAUCAUCGCGGACACCUGCUCUAAAAAAAGUGGUAACAUCCGCAGCCUAUAUGAACGGAACAGCACCCAUUCACGAAAUUGAGGAAUCGGUAGUUGUUAUGGUGGAUAAAACCGUCGACAUGAUGUAGUAGUGGUCAUAGCGGAAAUAAAAGAGGUGUGGAUCAUAUGAUUUAGCAGUGAAGAUCCUUGUGUGUGUCCACAAGAGCAUGAUUUCGCAAGCUGAUGUAGGAGGCGGCAGCGAGGCUUUUCAUUUUGGCGGAGAGUCCCACUUCCUCUCCCACAUGGAUGAAGGGAGCGAUAACAUACGAUGGCGGAUAAUAAGAAUAACUCCUACAUGGAUAUUAAAAUAUAGAUGAUAGAUUUGCAGCACAUGGAUAAAGCGAAAAAAUGUAUCAUAGUUUCAU